GGAGUCUGUGACUGGUGGAGGUGCUGAGCUGUCCGCGUUCUCUCUUCCCGGUGUGACCAAGCUGCAGUGUCCACCGGCGAGGAGUGACCCCCUGUCCCGAGCAGAGGAAGACGAGGAGGAGACCUGAGAGCGGCCGGUGGCCAGGCUGGGCCGCUCUGGUGCGGGCUGGCGACUCUGCUCCUACGCUUGCUGCUGUUUCUGGGAACCGGGUGCCAGCACUGAGGAAUCUUCAGUGGACAACGACCCCCUUCCCCGGCUUCCCUGCCCGCCCUACCGGGGAGGGCGGAAGAUGCCGGUGAAGAAGAAGAGAAAAUCCUCUGGGGUGGCAGCGGCAGUAGCGGAAGACGGAGGCCUCAAAAAGUGUAAAAUCUCCAGCUAUUGCAGAUCCCAGCCCUCUGCUAGACUAAUAAGUGGAGAGGAACAUUUUUCAAGCAAGAAGUGCCUGGCUUGGUUUUAUGAGUAUGCAGGUCCUGAUGAAGUUGUAGGGCCAGAAGGAAUGGAAAAAUUUUGUGAAGACAUUGGUGUUGAACCUGAAAAUAUUAUUAUGUUAGUUUUAGCGUGGAAAUUGGAGGCUGAAAGCAUGGGAUUUUUUACCAAGGAAGAAUGGUUAAAGGGGAUGACUUCAUUACAGUGUGACUGCACAGAAAAGUUACAGAACAAAUUUGACUUUUUGCGCUCACAGUUGAACGAUAUUUCUUCGUUUAAGAAUAUCUACAGAUAUGCCUUUGAUUUUGCAAGGGAUAAAGAUCAGAGAAGUCUCGAUAUUGAUACUGCUAAAUCUAUGUUAGCUCUUUUGCUUGGGAGGACAUGGCCACUGUUUUCAGUAUUUUACCAGUACCUAGAGCAAUCAAAGUAUCGUGUUAUGAACAAAGAUCAGUGGUACAAUGUACUGGAAUUCAGCAGAACCGUCCAUGCCGAUCUUAGUAACUAUGAUGAAGAUGGUGCUUGGCCUGUUCUCCUUGAUGAAUUUGUUGAGUGGCAAAAGGUCCGUCAAACAUCAUAGCAAGAACUAUUGUGAAGAAAAUGCAAACCUUUUGAUUCCUACAUGUGUACAAGCUAAUGAGAUGAGGGGGAAAACAAUCCAAAGGGUGCAUUUUUUUUCAUAUGAAAGACUUCUCAUAGUACUUUUUUUUCCUUUUUUUUUAAAGGAAGUUUUCUUGUUACAUGUGAUGGGCCUUGAGCCACACCUCUUCUGAGACUGAAUAUUAAAGUUUUUGUUUUAUGUUUAUAACAUUUAUUUCAGAACAAUAAAGAUUCAGAUUUGUGACAAAGGCCUUAAAGUGAAGAUGUCCCUUGAGUGUCAGAGUGGUAUUUAUUUUUGUAAAUUUUAAUUCUUGAAUUUUAGAGGUUCUAUUCACCAUGAAUAUGUGAAAUUUUAAAGAUUUUAAACAAUCUUAAUAUUUGGCAGUGUCGUCUGCUGAUCGUAUGGUUUAUUGUAUUCAUCUUUGCACAGUUAGGAAGAAUAUUUAUUGGCUUCUGGGAUAAUGAUAUUCUGAUGCAACAUACAUUUUUGGAUAUUGGAAGUGCUCCAACUUUCAGCUCUGGUUUUCUGUGAAAGUUGUCAAGAUCUUAUGCACAUAUUUUAUCUGAAAAGUUUAGGAUUGGAAAGAUGAUGUCCAGUUAUUUUGUUUUUUAACCAUUAACUAAUAUUGUUAAUAAGCAUAAAUUAGCAUUGCAUGUAUAUUCUUGAUGUGAAUUUUAAGUUUCCUGUAUUCUGUCAAUUAAAAAGUUCCAUCUAUA